UUAGUUCAUUUCCACACUAACUAAUGAUUAUUGUUGCUAAAAUGCUAACUGAUUCCGUAUGACCUUGAAGUCCAAAUCCCUCUCCUCAGUCAGUCUACUUUGCAAAUAUUAAAGUCCUAUCAAUUAUACAUACAUUGUACCAACUGCUAUAUGUCAUCUAAUAACCUUAGAAAGAAACAAAGAAAAAAAAAAUCUUAAUAAGGAUCCAUCCUUGAAGGUUGAUGAUGUUAGUUACCACUUCUCACUAAUUUCAACACGUUUUUCAGUAUAAACUAAAUACUUAUAUAUAAUAUAUAAGUGCUUAAUUUCAGCUGAAGAAUUACUUGAUUUCAUUGAUAGAGAAAAGAAAAAACAUGGUGAGAGCUCCUUUCUUUGACAAGAAUGGACUCAAGAAAGGUGCUUGGAGUCAGGAGGAAGACGAUAAGCUAAGAGCUUACGUUCAGAGAUAUGGUCACUGGAACUGGCGUCAACUUCCUAAGUUUGCAGGUCUGUCAAGAUGUGGGAAGAGCUGCCGAUUACGGUGGAUGAAUUAUCUUCGCCCAGGUGUAAGACGUGGAAACUACUGCAUAAAAGAAGAGGAUUUGAUCAUAAAAUUACGCGAACAAAUGGGAAAUAAAUGGUCAAUGAUCGCUGCCAAGUUACCUGGAAGAACAGACAAUGAAGUUAAAAACUAUUGGCACACCCAUAUAAAGAAGAAAGAGAAGCAGAAGGAAAGCAUAUCUCUUUUGAGAGAAGUAUCAAGUGAAACUAAUUCCCCAACUGGUGUCAACGAGAAUGGUGAAGCAACGCCAGCAAAAAAUGUUGUUGAAAUUGAAAAGCCUCCCUCCCACCUGAUAUUAGAAAGCUCUCCAUUAUCCCCAGAAACAUCUUCAAGUAAACUCUCCUCAGUUACAACGGAUUCAGCUCUAGUUUCUCCGUCUGAUAUAAACUGGAUUGCAGAAGAUAGUUUCACAUCAUCAUUCCAAUCAUUUAAAGAAUCUGGUGGGGAUUUCUGGACUGAACCAUUUAUAGCAGAUAGUAGCUAUUACCAAGAUGAGCGAUUUAUGUCACCUUAUGUUUCUUAUCACGAUGACAGUAUAGAUUUCCUCUACCAAGUAAUGCAGUAGCUAGGUUAAAUUACAUUAGCCGUCACCAGAAGUUGCAUUUUGUAACGAAAAUAUAGUAAACCUUUAAUAUAUAAUUAAAUGGUUAUUAAAUUGUAAUUUUAAUAACACUAAUAAAAUUUUCCAGUAAAUAUGAGAUAAAUUAC